AUGGUGACAACUCCCACUGCUGCUUUCAGGGCCCUCAUGGAUGGAGUGACAGAUCUCCCCAGAGUCCCCGACCCCAGUGAACUCCUUAUUAGAGAGUCUACCUUCCCCGUGAUGGUGAAUGACAAGGGCCAGGUGCUCAUUACUGCCUCCUGCUAUGGCUGCCUAGUGGUUGUCUCCCAUGAGGGCUACCUGUUGCAUGCUGGCUUGGCUCCAUGUCUCCCCAUUACAGUGAGCUGGCUCUGUCCUUGUCCCGGGGAUCCCGUAGGAGUGCACCCAUCCUUGGCAGCACUAGGAAAUGUCCUGCAGGACUCUGGUGUUGAGACACAGAUUGAUCCAGAACCAGGACUGCUGGGGGUUUACUGCAUCAUUGCCUUCGAUGACACCAUGACUGCAACGCUGAACCAGUUUGGGACAUGGAGGGGCUUACUUAUCUGGGGCCGGGCCUGGUACUGGGUCAGCAAGCUCGGCCAUGACAAGAUGCUGUCCAGGUUCCUUGGGAUCAAGAUGACAAGUUUGACUGGAGUGUACUUCCCUGACACCUGUGGGGACAGAGAGCGCUUCAAGGUCUCUUAAGAAGGUUCCAAGACCCCACUCCAUGUCAG